AAUAUGAACUUAAAAGAAGUAAAAGAAGCGUAACAUUGAUUCUAGUCGUGGAGUGAUUUAUCGUUUGUACAGGGCCACCAAGUGUAAUAAGCGACGCGUUCUGCCACUAGCUAACCAAUUUUGAUUCAUUAAUAGGUCGACCCGUAUGACCCAAAGUGUCUGCGACUGCUAAACGAAUUAAUUUACCCACAUUCUUCUUUGCCAAUGUGUAGUUUCCUUACAUAAAAACGAAAUUUUGUUUACUGUCAAUUGUGACUAUUUUUAUCCGUGAGUUAUCUCUACUAGUUAUAUGCAUAACAUUGUUCUGCUUCGAAUUAAAAAUAAUAUAACUCAAAAUUGUCAUCGAUAUGUAGAAGGAUUUUUAAUCAUAAAACUAUGUGCAAAAUGAAGAUCAAUUGGAUUUACAGAUGCAGUGGUUUGCCAUAAUGAUAUGUUUAUAUGCUGGAGUAGCUAGUGCAAGAACAGAAGAAGAUCAACAAACAUCUUCUUCAACUUCAAUUACUGGAAUAUCUGAUGGUCUUUUAGAGCAUUGUUUUUAUCAACAAUCUAAUGAAUGUCCUGAUGUCAAAAUAACUGGAUGUUCCUGUAAAAAAAUCAUUCUUGCUCAUAAUAAUCCUGAAGGCAAUGCUGUACUUUGUUGCAAUUUGGAUAUUCAAAAUUUUGAAUUAGAACUUUCUUGUACAGGAUUUCCAUCAAAUAUAUCAUACAUACAUAUAAGAAAUGCAACAUUAGAUGUAUUCAAUGUAAGUGAAAUUCGAUGGAGAAGACUAAAAUCACUUGCAAUUACAGAUGGUAGAAUUAAUAGAGUAAAAGGACAAUUUCGAAUGAUGACUCCAACAGUUUGUUUGAAUCUUUCAAAUAAUGCUCUUAUUGAAGUAGAGAAUAAUUCACUUACAAGAUUAGCUCAACUUACUACUUUGGAUUUAUCUUAUAAUAAUCUCACACAUUUACCAGCUUUAAAUACAAUGAAUGGUCGCGAAUUUUGGCUUGAUAUUUCAGGAACAAAUACACUUUGGUGUCAUGAUAUUUAUCAAUAUAUUAAUAAAACAGGAGAAAAGCAAAUUAAUUUUAAUCAUGAAAAUGAAACUGUAUGUUCAGCUAGUAAAACUUGGCAUUGGUUUAAUACGACAGAACAAGUUCCAUUGAAACAAGUUCGAUAUCUUAGUUUGUUACAAACAGAAUGUCCUAAAGGAGAUACAUGGCAAUGUCAAUGUAAUUUUAGAAGAUUGGAUAUUGUUGAAGGUAAACCACCAACUUUAGCAGUAAAUGUAGAUUGUAGUGGAAUUCAAAUUACCGAAUUACCUGAAAAAUUACCUCGCAAUACUAUAGCACUGAAUGUUUCAUAUAAUAACAUCACUGUAUUAGAUGAUCUAAGUACUAAUCCAUGUUAUGAAGAUAUAAGAGAGUUUUAUGCUGACUACAAUAAUAUAUCAUCUAUAAAUAAAUUAGAAGGUUCCAAAUUUUUGGAUAAUUAUGCUUUUCUUAGUUUACGGUAUAAUAAAAUUAAAUCUCUUCCUACAUAUAUUUUAAGCCCUAAUACUCAUGAUAAGAGUUUCACUAGUUCGCGAUUAGUAAAGCUUGGAGGGAAUGAAUUACAUUGUGAUUGUAACACAGCCAAAUAUUUAAAGGUAUGGCUACAAACUCGUAUAUUAGAUUCUGAUGAAGUAUUUUGCGAAAAUGUAAAAGAAAAAGUUAUUGAUUUAGAACCUUCAAAGAUGUGUGUUUAUCCUGGUGAUUGGACAGAUUAUAUUUAUUAUAUUAUUGCUACAGAAGUUGUACUCUUAAUAAGUCUUAUAGCUAAAGUAUCAUAUGAUUAUUGGAUUUUUAAAACAGCAGGCUAUCUUCCAUGGCCAGCAAAUAAAAUGCCAAAACUACCUUGUGAUUGGCUAUGUGAAACCUAGUAAUAAUUUUUUUUAUAUUCAUUUAUAAUAUUUUCUGAAAAAGACAGAUUUCCAAUAUUUCUAUAAAAAAAUAUUAAAUUUUUAUAUAUUAUCGAAUACAUAUGUUUUUAUAUAUGUGCGUGUACGCACAAAAUACUAUAAAAAUUUUGAAUUGAAUAAUUAUAUAUUUUAAAAAAAUAUAUAAUUACUAAAUAAUAAACAUUUUAUGUUCAAAUAAUUGUUAAUUCUAUAAAAUUAUAAAACUAUUAAAAUUUUAAGAAUUUAAAUAAUUUAAAUAAAUUUUAA